GGAGUACAGAUGCAUGCGCAUGCGCAGUGCUAAGCACGUGGUAGAUUGUUUAUGAACUGAAGUAACCUGUAGCAUGGCUAUUCCAGGCCUUGACAGCUCAGACGGCGUUGUCCCGCUUAACAUUCUGUGUUACGCUUUCCGUCGCACUGCUGUCUCUUUUUGUCCAGAGGCAACAGCAUUGGGCAAUUUAUGUAUAUUAUGGAUAUUACAGAUAUUAUCAAAGUUAUUCUCCAUCUCUCAGGACUCAGCACUAUUUCAGUGGUUAUAACCUUAGCUAAAAGUAUUUUUGCCGAAGUGCAGUCAUCUGACAGAACGUGUGACUCCUCAACAAAUCAUUUUCGUGACUGUAACUGAAGAUCACUGGGUUUGAAUCUGAGUUGGCUUCCAGGCUAACUGACCUUGUUAAUGUUUAAUGUUGGAUAGUUUCCCUCCUCCAACCUUGUAGCUGACCUCUGAAUGUUUGUGUAUGGGUUCUCUUAUAGUAAUGGCUUAUACGAGUGAAUAGAUAACAUUUAAACUAGAGCUCAGUGGUUUUGUGACACCCAAUCAACAUGCAUAUGUACACAAGCCUCUAGUUUCCUAAUAAUGGGAAACUCAUGUUUGCGGCUUAUGAUUAAGCCAUAUGCUCUCUCAUCAAUUUGAAAUUAUUGAAAAAGUACCUAAAUAUAAUUUUAAAAAGGCUGAGAACUUGAUAAGGCACUAUCACAACAUAUUUCAAUCCUGCAGAUACAAGAACUGUUUGAGUCUUUUGUUUAUAGGCUUUGCAAGGUGUACCCUCUAAACACACAUGCCUUUAGAAAGCCCUUAUUUAUACAUUCAGGAUCAAAGAGACUUGAAUACAAAGAACUAGGUAUUGUUUAAGUUUUUGGUUUUGGCUGUAGAGCUAAUGGUAUUUUUGGAUUAAUCCAAAAAGUCCAAGAAAGAGAUUACAUCCAUAAAGGGAAUAGAAGGGCCAUAUAGUGUAUAUGUAUAUUUUCCUAUGGGUAUAUUUCUGUUACAGUGAAUGGAAUGUUUUGCCUUUGUCUUCUAUGAGAAAUCUGUGAGUUUUACACCCUACAGAUGACUGAAGGUCAUUAUGUUGCUCCUUGAACCAGAGAACUGAAGUAAUUUCAGUUUCCUGAUUCUAUUUAUUUAUUUAUUUAUUUAUUUAUUUACAUUAACUCAUUUGAUGGUAGACGCUUUGAUCUGAAACAACUUCAGAUCCAAUUCAAGCACAGGUACAUUUGCUGUGAAUCUGAGUUUCCCGCAUCAUGAUGAAAAACAAGUACAUAUUUAUCGGAAGAAUAAACAGAGUUACUGAAAAGCAUGAGGGCUGGAGGUAGCAUUAAUGCUCAGCACUGUCAGCUUUCAGUCAUGAAUUGUUCAGUUUUUUGUUCCAUUCAGUCAGCAGUUCAUAAAAAUAAACAAAAAGGCACGAUUCAAGAUUAAAAUCCCCCUUGCCUGGCGUUUACGAGAACGUCAAGGUGUUUUGGCUCACAUCAACACGAAGAUCCAUUCGAAGUGUGAGAAUUGUGUACAAUAAACACAGUGUAAUUUCAUUAAAACGAAAGCUUGUGUACCACAUUAAAGGGGCCAGUGGAAAGUGUUUUGUAAUGUUUUUUUUCUCUCCUUUGCGUGGUGCGGAAUCCCCGUGGCAUUAUGGGAAAGGGUUAACACUGACCUAGUUUCUGUGGCAACAGUGAGUGCUGCAUGACAUCAUGGCUACAAUUAUAGCACAAGACCGCCUUUCGAGGCUGUGGUCAUGUGACAGCAGAGUAUGCGCGUGUGUAGAAAGUAGGGGAAAUUUUGAGCGUGUGUGUGAAAGAUUGUUUAAAGGUAAAGGAACGAACAGGAAGUUGUGGUUCUUCAUAUUUAAAAGGCUGUUGAAGGUCCAGGCACCGUUUCGGGGUCUUAUUGUUCGGCUUUUAAGUCGAAGUUCAGCUAUUCAUUGAGAAAGCACACGUAAGCUCAGUUUGAGGUUAUUCUCUGGCAUUAUGUAAUACAUACAGUAUUAAAUCAUAUUAAGGACAACCAGUGAGAGUAAAGUUCAUUUCUGAGGCUGCCUGCCUGAUUAAUCAUUCUCUCUCCAUAGCUUUAACUGAUGGAAUGUGGACAUGGAUUUAUACCAGUGUCUACCAGCGGUGAUAUCUGAUGCACAUUUGUUUUUUCUACUGUCACUCUGUCUCACUACUCUUGGAAUUCUUAGAAGCGGCAUUUUUUUCUACGAUUUUAGGGCCCCCUGCUUCCUGUUCUCACUGUGUGUAAAUGUCGUAUGCAUCUGUGUACACACACCUUGGUGCCUGCAAAAGCAGUCUUGCUCACUGUGUCCUAGUGUGUCCCACUGUCAAUGUCAGAAUAUUUUUGACAGACAUUUUUUAUCAUCUUCGUUUUUUGUUGUAGACACAGAUCUCCCAGGCAUACUCUACACUAAAACAGUGCUGAGUACCACCAGAGAAACCACCCUUUUUUUGGAAUCUCUCACCCUCUCUCCAGAAGGUCGUUUUCCUAAAAUAAUUAUGUAUGAUUGUCAUGUGAUCCCCACAAUUCCAAGAUGGCGUACAAUGCCUUGUUGCGAUGCUGUUUUCUGUAUUAGGGAUUUUAAUUUCCAGUUUGACUGCUUUGUAUAAGAAAGCAAGUUUUGUUCAUGUUGUUAAACAACAGAAAAUGGGUCAGACACCCAUUGCGCAUACAUAGCAUGCCAUUUUCGCAUUUCAUCGUGGACGGUAAAGUGUUGGGAAAGGCUAGUGUGACCAAAACAUAAAACCAACAUUUUCAAAUUUACCUGUGUUACUGUGGGUAGGCCGCUCACUCCUUAUCUACUUCUUGAUCUAUCUGUCUCUAUCUUGCACUGUCUCUCUGGUAUGCCCACACACUCCCUGUUUUACUACUUGUACAGUAGUGUGUGACUGUCAUUCAGCAGUUUGUGAGUAGUUUGUCUCAUCUAUGCUGUUCAGGUCAGAAUUGUGGCAUCGUUUUUUGUAACAACAGGGCAGAUAAGUUACAUUGUGCUGGAAAAGCGGGCCUUGUCUGCAUGAGAUAGAUGUUUAUCUUUGGGUCUACUUGAUGCAUAGCAAUACUUCACCCUGAUUAUCACAGACACAUGAAGAGGUGGGGUAUUAUCACCACCUUCUGCAUACAGUGCAGGCAACUGCAGAAAUUCUCAAUGACUGGAGUUCAUUGAGAGGAAUAAGUAUUGCGUAUGGUGAUCCAGUGAUCAUGCUUUAGUGACUGCCUCAGGUUAUAAAUUGUAUUAUCAUCAAAUGGUGUUUUUAUUAUCUUGUUCAGGGCCUAAAUGUAUUGUGAUUGGAUGACUGGGGUUGUUGUGAUGUGAUGUGAUGUAGCGCUGUACAAGCAGCACACGCAAUACUGCAGUCCACACUGCAACAGGAUCCAUAAAGAGUUACUGGCCCUUUAAAUGCGGCUACGUCCGCCUCGAACAUAUGGGGAGCUAAUCUUAGCCUGACUCCUGCGAGGAGGAAAGAAAGAAAACCCUGGCAACACGCCACCAUUCAGAGCUGGAACAAGAUCAUUCUCUCUCUCUCUCUUUCUCCUCCUCUUUUCUUUAUUUAGGAAUAUUACAAUAGUCUCCUGCAAUGACUUUAAGCCAUAAUGUAUCUUUCCUUUUCUCUCACACUAUCUCGUGUUUUAACCCUUCUGUUUUGCUUUGCAAAUUCCCUCUUGGCCUCACAUUUAAAUCACCCAACAGCCUGUUUCAUUUACAAGGCACAUCAGUAACAUCGACCAAUUCUUCUGUGUGUUUGAUUCUUUCCAUGCGCUCUUCUCAUUUCUCUCCCAGCACUAUUGUUCAUUGAGGUUGUUCUUGCACUGGUUUAUUCUCUCCAUUCCCCCUCGUGUGUCCCCUCUCCUCAAAUUUCGCCUGUUUUUUUGCUCUUUGUACAAAGAGCACUCUCUUUAGUCUUUUAUUCUUUGCAGGUUCCCCCCUCCUUCUGUCCUGCUGCCUUAGUGAGAGAUGAGAAUGGCUCCACCCUUCCCCCAUCUUUUUCUCUUUCUCCCUAUGAGUGGUAGUAAUAUAUGUGCGUGUGUGUGUGGGGGGGGGGGAGGAGGCUGAGCGUUGCGUGCCGACUUACACGUGCCGAGUGUCAGACUAGGCAAAAAGGCAACACACACAGACAAAUGCAUCAGGUCAAAAAUAUGGUGCAUCAAUACGAUGGUAGAAACAAAAAUGAUGGAAAGAUGGCAUGAUAAAGUACAAAGAACAAAAGAAAGAGCAAGACAAAGUGAAUAAAAUGGAGAGAGUGAAGGAGAGAAAAGAUAAACAAACAAAGAGGUGAGACAAAGAAUGAGAGAAGAUUGAAAGAGGGUGAAGUUUACAUUAGUACAUGGGUGGUGUAAAAAGAAAACAUUCAUUCACGACUAACGACCCUAUUCUAAUGACCUCACUGACACUAAUCAUUGUGUCCUUCUGUGGCCAUGUGCCUUUGCAUGCGUAUGGUUGGAUUUAACUGUUAACGAGGCCCAGCUAUAAUCACCUGCUAUAAUGUUUCGCAAUUACUUUAUUUAUUUAUUGUUUUGUUUAGUUUUGUCAAUAGGCAUGUGCCAAAAAUCUGUUAUCCUUGAGAAAAUAUCUCCUCUUAAUUUACUUCCUCAGGGGUGCUUUGGAUAGGUAAGAGUCCUACAUUUCUUAAAAAGUCUUACUUGGGAACUUUUCAGAUCUGUUGUAUGGUUGUACAUAUAACCUUUAAGAGUUCCCCCUGAGGAACAACUGAAGUACCCUUUGGGAUAUUAGAUGGAACAGUCUUUCAUUCAUCUCCAGUAACCACUUUAUCCAGGUCAGGUUCACCUCAGAUAGGAUGCCAGUCCAUCGCAGGGUGCCAUCCAUUCCCACAUUCACAAAUGAGGCUAUUCAACAUAACAAAUGCACCUAUCUCCAUGUGUUUUGGGAGUCAGGAGAAACACCACACGAACAUGGGAUACUCCAUACAGACAGUAACCUGAGGCCAGGAUUAAACUUGGGACCCUGGAGCUAUGAGGCUUCAAUGCUACCCACUGCACCACCAUGCCACCUAUACACCAUUCUGCUCCUGAAAUUCUGAAAUACUUUUGAGGUUUCUCUCAAAUUGAUUUGUCCUCAUGUAAUGGUAACAAAGAAAAAAAAAAAACAGGAACAGUAGAUCCAAAAACAAACUGCGCUAACGAUUGUAUUCAGUGCUUGGACAUCUACACUUUUUUAGGGUUUUCUGACAAACCCUAGUGGCAUUACUGAAGACACGAAUGAUUGUGAAAUUUAUAUAUUUUGAGUUGAACCUCCAUUACGUCAGCUUCGUAGCUCCAGUGCUAAACUAAAGAAGCAAACAUACGAUGGUAAACAUGUUUUGGCUAAUUAACAUUUGUGGAAAGUUGUGGAAAGUUUGUGAAAUAUUGGCAGAACCUACAUACUUGUAUGUUCUACUUUACUGAAUCAAAUGCAGUGGAACCAGUCCCAAACGCUACAUCCAUAUGUAACAUGUCAAAUAAGUUUAUUAGUUAGCUGACACUUAUGGUGCGUAUGGCGAGUUAAUGAAACCUGAAAAUCUGCUGGUGACUCACAGAAGCUUUCUGUCAUGGAAUAAUAAUCUGGGCUAACUAAUCUGCUAACUAAUAAAUGAUCCGUGUGGCAUACAGUUUGUGUGUGAGAGACUUUGUGUUUAUAUGGGUGUAGGUUUGCCUGGAGGUGGAUGUCAGUAUUUGCUGUGUCAGUAUGUGUGUGUGUGUGUGGAGUGAGGUUGAUGACUCAGGCAUGACUGUUUAACUGAAAGAGAAAGACAGAUCGUCUUUAAGCUAUCAUUCAACAACGUGCUUCAGAGAUCUGACUGGACGACUUACAAUGCUACUACUCAAGACUGUUUCAGUGGUGGGUUCAGUGGAUGGCCCCAGCAGAAGUGGCCAGAUGGAAAUUGACCAUGGAUGCCUGGAGAAAGGCGUGUUGAACCAGGAGCUGUCCAAUGGGCUGAGUCAGCAUGGAGAUGAAACAAAUGGCCUUGAAGGGGGAGCUUUGGCAAAGCUUAGCCACCAGCACCAGGAGACAUUAACAUGUCUUCCCCAGACACAGGGAUGGGGGCCUGGAAAUCCGAAAGGAGCCUCUACCCCCCAGCAGCAGGAGGCAGGCUGGAGUGACCAGAGCACAAGUCGAUUGGGGAACAGUGUGGACAUGGAGAAUGCUAGAACUCUGGUGGCCUUCUCAGCUAGUGCAGGUUCCCUACCCCCUUGCAGUGUUUCUCAACCUCCUCCUAACCCUAAUACACAGCUGUAUGAGAAAUUCAACCAGGAAAUGGCUAAUCGAGGAGAUGGAGAUAAGCAAAAAACAUGGAGUAGUGAUGAUCAGUACUGCACUUCAGAGGAUCUGAACACCCUCCAGAUGGCUUUAAAUCAAGCCCGUCGUGGUCACAAGCCACCAAACUGUGAUUGUGAUGGACCUGACUGUCCUGAUUACCUUGAGUGGCUGGAGAAGAAGAUCAGAAUGGCAGGCAAUGGCCAGGCAAAGGGUCUUUGCAAAUUAUCAGGUGCUUCUCAGACAGAGCAACAACACUAUCAGUCUCAGCCACAACCUCAACCCAAUGGUGCAAACACCUCUUGUGGAUCAGAACCACAGUCACAGAACCCUGUUAACCAGCCUCCAGUCCCAAGACCUUAUGGCCCCCUACCACCUAUUCCCUGUUCUCCCAGUGUGCUAUCCAUCGCUAAGGAGAGGAAUGUCAGUCUACAGACAGCUAUCGCAAUUGAGGCACUGACCCAACUAUCUGGCACUGGUGGGCCUGUGGGCGAGUCAACAUUUGAAAACUUCAACCACCAUGCUUCACCUCAGCCCCCCUCUCAAACCCAAGAUGGGCUGCGAUUGAGUGCUUCAUCACCCAGGCCCCUUCCAUCAUCGUCUGCUUCCACUAUACCCCAAACAUUCUCCUCUGGGCACUUCGCUCAACAGAAUUCUGCUUCAUGGGAGCAACACAGGCCUGAGUCACAGGGUCCUGCUCAUCACUCCUCCCAAUACAGUUCCUUCAACUCCCCCUUUUCAACCUCACACCCAUCCACCCCUAGUCCAUCACCCCAACAAUGGCAACAGAGCACUGGAACAAGCUGUGAGAAAAGCUCUCCUAUAAUUCCAAGGAUGUUGAAUUUUGAAACUCAGGCUUGUUUUCCACACCCAUCCCAUGGCAGCAGUGACCCAAUGUCUGAACUGAAACAGCUUCUGGGAGACAGCAGUGGAAAGUACACUAGUACUACCUUCAAGCUUCCUGCCCCACCUCAAAAUCUGAAGGACAACCACCCAGUGAUGCCUCACAUCAAACGGGAGGUCAACAAUGGGGACUACCCAGGUGAGAUGGGUGCACCAAUGGGCCAGUAUAGAAUGAUAAAUAGUCAGCAGCAGUUUCAAGGCCAGCAGAUUUCUCAGUCUAUUAGGUACUCAACUCAGGCAGCACUGCAACAGCACCUUCAUCAUAAACGUAACCUCUUUCCUGGUCCUCAAACUUUCGAUAUGCGAGCACCAAUGACAUGCCAGACUCUCCGCAAAUGGUGGCCACAGUCUAUACCAGAGAGUGCUCUAACCAUCAAACAGGAACCCAGGGAACCCAAGAAGAAAAAAAACACACAGAGUUCUCCUCUCCUCAAGCAGCCUAUGGGUGGACUGCUUGGUUCAUUGGGCCCACCUCUUCCUAAACCUAAACAGAUCAUCAUUAAAAAGCCCAAGCAAAAGGCUUCUCAGCCUCUCUUUCUCCCACAGAGUCAGAUCACAAUACAGAAAUCAAGCAUGUCAGUGAGUAUACCAUCCCUGUCCCAACUUACACCAUCUCUACCUGUCAUGGAGGCUGCACUUCCUCCCUGUCUACCCCCAUAUAACUCCUCUCAGGUGGUAGUGAGCCAAGCAGCUCCAGCCCAAUCUCAGGAAUCAAUUGUGAACAGCAGUAGUACCCCCAUAUCUGGAAACACCCCCCUAGCUUCCAGCCCACUUAAUGUCCCUGUGCCCCCUGCCCAGGAUGGACUGACUAGCUCAGACCCCACCACAGUAGCUGAGGAUACCCUGGUUACCACUUCCACAAGUCAGACAACCACAUCUCUGUCCACUUCACCUCUAUGUGGCCUCAAUUCCCUGGAUCCAAAAUUCGAGGACCUGAUUCGUCAGUUUGAGGAAGAAUUUGGGGACACAUCUGCCCCUGGCACAGACGCUCCAGAGCAGGGCUUUGCUCCUUAUGUGGUAACUGAGUCACCCCCAAAUUCUAACUCAGGACAAGCCAGACCCCAGUCGCCAUCCACAGAAAAACUCAACAAUCUUCCUGUCCCAACAAACGAGCCUGAACCCAGUUUGAAGCAGUCUGAGGGAAAGAAUGAGGAGACAUCCGUGUUCUCCAACCAGCUUUCUGCCAUCAAACAAGAAGCUGAAGAGUGUGAAGUAGAGGUUAAGCCCUCAGAUCAGCUACUGGCUCUGGCAACAGAAGCUUAUCUGCAGCAGCAACAUCACAAAAUCCUUGUAAACCCCUUCACCACAACUUGCUCUCCUCCAAACAAACGCAUGAAGAUUGAAUCAUCAGGUGGUGUAACGGUGAUUUCUACGAGUGGCAAUUUCUCCACUGCAGGGGAGACUCUAGAUACGCCCACAAAAGAGAGUUUUCCCUCAUCCCCUUCACUAAAAGGUUUUCUGGAAUCUCCACUACGCUACUUAGAUACCCCAACCAAGAGCCUUCUGGACACACCUGUAAAGGAUGCUCAAGCAGAGUUCCCCACCUGUGAUUGUGUGGAGCACAUCCUUGAGAAAGAUGAAGGCCCAUACUACAAUCAUUUGGGAUCAGGGCCAACUGUGGCUUCAAUAAGAGAGCUUAUGGAGAACAGGUAUGGACAGAAGGGUGAGGCUAUCCGUAUAGAGAAGGUGGUGUUCACAGGAAGAGAAGGCAAGAGCUCCCAGGGAUGUCCUAUUGCAAAAUGGGUGAUUCGACGUAGCAGCGAGGAAGAGAAGUUGUUGUGCCUGGUGCGGCACCGGGCUGGGCACCACUGUGCCAACGCCGUCAUCAUCGUCGUCAUCCUGGCAUGGGAGGGCAUCCCAAGGGCUCUUGGUGAUAAACUUUAUCAAGAGAUCACAGAGACACUCACUAAAUACGGCAAUCCCACCAGCCGCCGUUGUGGCCUCAAUGAUGACCGUACUUGUGCGUGCCAGGGAAAAGACCCCGAGACCUGUGGUGCUUCAUUCUCUUUCGGGUGUUCUUGGAGCAUGUACUUUAAUGGGUGUAAAUAUGCCCGCAGCAAGACCCCCCGCAAAUUCAGACUGCAGGGAGAACACCCCAAAGAGGAGGAACUUCUCAGGGAUAACUUCCAGGAUUUGGCCACUAAGGUGGCACCUGUAUAUAAGCAGCUGGCCCCUCAGGCAUACCAAAACCAGUGUGCAACUGAGAAAGUGGCACUGGACUGUCGGCUGGGGCUCAAAGAAGGACGGCCCUUUUCUGGCAUCACUGCAUGCAUGGACUUCUGUGCCCAUGCUCACAAAGACCAACAUAACCUCUAUAACGGCUGCACUGUGGUUUGCACUCUUACGAAAGAGGACAAUCGGGAAUUGGGUGUAAUCCCAGAUGAUGAACAGCUUCAUGUGCUUCCACUUUAUAAGAUGUCUUUGACUGAUGAGUUUGGCAGUGAAGAGAACCAGCGCCUGAAGAUCCAGACUGGCGCAAUCCAGGUGCUUACCAAGUUCCGCCGGGAGGUCCGGAAGCUUCCAGAGCCUGCCAAGUCCUGCCGGCAGCGGCGGCUAGAGGCCAAGAAAGCUGCAUCUGAGAAAAAGAAUAAGAAACAGCAGCUGUCGGAAACACCCGAAAAGACGAUUAAGAAAGAUGAUUCUCUGCAAGGCAAUAAAGCAAUUCCAAAACAAGAGGUGAAGCCCACCAUCAAAAAAGAAUCAGCUGACCACUUUCAGGCUGUCAAUGGAGCUUUGGAUGGCUACCCAUCCCUUGGGAAUGCCAAAAUGUGUCCUGAUACCUACAGUAUGAAUGGUGCCUACUCUUCCUUUCCUGGUCCCUAUGCAAGAGGUAGUCUGCCUUCCAACAGCCAGUCUUCUACACAUAGCCCCAUCAAUGGCUUCCAUCCGAACCGCCAAGGGAUGCCCUACAACUACUACAACUAUGCUCCGAAAGGACUUUUGCCCCCUGAAGUCUUGGGUUAUGUGGGUCAUAAUGGGACCUGUCCAAAAGCUGCUGGAGAAGAACAGAAACCCAGUAUCCAGAGUCUUCAGGCCAGACUGGUACCAAACCAUGCUGAUCACCACUGCCAACAAGGGGUUAACAUGGCCAACCACAGCUACCUACACCAGUCUGAGCUUUCUGAGGCUCCAGCACCACCUAAACGUAUUUCAUCUGCACCUCCAGAUCAGAUGCACCGUGUCACACCAAUCAUCAAGCAGGAGCCCAUGGAAGUACCUCUAUACGACAGAACUGAUGGGCAAGUACGAAGUUGCCCCAUCACUCCCAGUGUCACCCCACAACCCGUCACCUGGCUGGGGCACACACCCAAUGGCAGCUUAGCAUCCAAGGGCUGGGAUGGAAAUCUCAGACCAGGUCAAGCUCAUUCACCCUUCACUCCAGAAAAGCAGCGGCUCCACCAGCAGCACCAUAGCCAACUUCAGCAUUCUAAAUAUGCCCAACAGCAGCAGCAAUGGCGCUCCUACCCUGGUACUCCUGUAGCCUCCCCUGAUCCCUCUCCAGCCCUAAAGACAGUCCCAUCUCCAGCUCCUUCCCCUCACUCAGCUACCCCACAACACUGGGGCAGCCCUGCCCCCAGUCCACAGCCCAGGGCUUGGGGUCAGCCAGGGUCCUUGGGUUAUGGUCAUGGAGGACUUAGACAGGGAACUCCUGUUGGGGCUUUCCCAGACAAGAUGCUGGCUGAGGCAGCAGAGAUCCGAGGCUCCACUCCCCUGGGCCUCCAGGAGAAGGCAUGGAAAUCUGGAGGUGCCUCUGCAGCAGGAAGCAAUCCAUCCCCUGCUCCAGAAGGUCGUCUGUUUCCAGACGCACUGCAAAAGAUGAACGGACAGGCAUGCUGGGAUAGUGAGGUGGAAAGUGAACGAGAGCCCGAAGAGGAGGAGGUGUGGUCGGACAGUGAGCACAACUUCCUGGAUCCCAACAUAGGAGGAGUAGCCGUGGCUCCUGGACAUGGCUCCAUUCUCAUUGAAUGUGCCAGACGGGAGCUACAUGCCACUACACCCUUGAAAAAGCCAGACCGCAGUCAUCCAACCCGCAUCUCCCUGGUGUUCUACCAGCAUAAGAAUUUGAAUCAGCCCUGUCAUGGCCUGGCACUGUGGGAAGCCAAAAUGAAGCUUCUGGCUGAGAGAGCAAGGCAGAGGCAACAGGAGGCAGCUCUUCUGGGCCUUUCACAGGAAGACAUCAAAGCUUACGCAAAGAAACGCAAGUGGGCUGAUGGAGUAGUGAGUUCCACCUCUGAGCCAACCAAGGACAAGCGGGAAGGGGUGACACGGCUGGCCCCCACACAGCACACCACCACCAUGGUCACAGUGUCACCCUACGCCUUCACUCGGGUCACAGGGCCCUACAGCUGCUUCAUGUGACCUCCGUAAGAAUGGGACAGGAAAUGGAAGUACAGGAUGGAAAAAAAAAAAUUCACUCUCUUUAUAGCCCUGUAUCUCUCCCUACUCUGUAUCUCCUACCAGACCAACCAGAGAGAUGGUGGAUAGAGAGACGCAUUUUUUAAUUAUUAAAUUUUUUUUUUACCUCAUGUUUUGGUGGCAGUUUGGGAGUCCCCCAAAUGAACAUGCUGCCUAUGGUGCUCUUGUUCUCUCCAAAAUGGAAGGGAUUCCAUAGUUUACCCUCCCUAAGUGAAUUUAACGAUUCUAAUAUUAUUUCUAUUAUCAAUAUGAUUGCUAUUGUUACUGUUGAUGUUAUUACAGGUAUUGUUAUUAUAUUAUGAAGAUGACUAUUUUUUAUUUUAAUUGUAUUGUUUUUCCUCAGUGUCAUUAUUAUGAUUGUUUUAAGAUCCCUCCCCCUUUGAUGAGGAACAACUUUGUCUUCAUCACUCUUUCUUGUUCGAUAUGAAUGUGUGAACAAGUUGAAUGAAUUUUGCUUUUUUUUUUUUUUUUUUUUUUUUUUUUUUUGCCUUUUUACCCAUCAACCUCUUCAUAAAACAGCACCUUCGCAUCACUGCGAGCCAAGUGUCUACAACCUAAGCAAGACACACUGGAGAAGGACAAUGUUUCUAAGUGGGCUAGGGCCAUUCUGCAGUCACAGAGUGUGCAACCAAAACAAGCGACUGAAGCCGUGGCACCAAUGCUGGCCUUUCUACUUAGUGCCACUCAAAUACUGAGCUUUUUCCUGGUCCAAUGGUGCUUUUUUUUUCUUUUUUUCAGUCUUAGCUGUCAUUUGCCCUCAUCAUCAUGGCAGCCGGCACUGGACUAAGGUGCUCUUUAACAGCAGAAAAGGUCCAGUUAAGCAACCAGCUGACCUGAUAAGAUGUCAUUGCCUGAGGCAUCCUCAUCAUCAACCAGACGGUGCUGACUCAUUUCUUCAUGGUGCAGUAUCUAGUUCCUAUCCAUGAGACAGCAGUAAGUCGAUGCUCUCUCUGAGGUGCUAUUGCAGUUUGGUCCACCCUAACAAUGCCCUAAAGAUGACCUAGAGUGGGACCUGUGCUCUGCAGCACAAAUUAGUUAUUUUAACCUGUAAACUGCUGGAGUUGUAGAACUCUCCUCCAAAUGUGAGGUAGUUAGCUGACAGGCUAAAGCUUCAGUGAAAGAGAGACCAUUCAAGGGGUUUGGUGCUACUCACUAGUCUUUCCAUGCCUCUUUGUCUGCUUUUGCCCUGACAGCUGAUCUCCCCAUAAGACCUGGAAUUUAGGUGCUCCUGUUCAACACUUAUGUUCAUGUGUAAAUGUGGGGAGAGCUGAAGGGCUGCAGUUGGUUUACAAAAGGCAGUAGGCUUCUUGGUGCUUACAGAUCACAGAUAGUCUGGUGCUUUUGAAGCUGUCCUCUAGCUCUUUACCUCAUGUUGAGACGUUGUACCCAGUCACAACAUGCUACUAAUACAUGGGCUCUAGAGACCGUAGGUCUUUGGCCUACAUCCAUAUACUUAUAUACUUUUUUUUUUUUUUAAUUAUUAUUUAUUACAUUAUAAUGAUUAUGAUGAUUAUUGUUAUUGUGCUUGCUGUAAUUGUUUUGUUUCAUUUUAAACAAAUUGUAAAUAGAAGAAAAGAUUUUAUAAAAGCACUUUUAAUCUUGAUUUUAAGGAGGAAAAAUGAUAAUGGAAUAUUGACAACUUGAAUCCUAAUUUUUUUUUUUAAUGGAAUUUUAUUGGGAGAGAUAGAAAUGUAAAUAAUUAAAUAUUUAGGUAAGAUUAUUUAACUGGUGAGGAAUAAAUCAUGAAUGAUUCCUUUAAUUUUUAGUUGUCAGCAUGUUAAGCCCUCAAUACUAGAAGAAGAAAGCUGGUCCUGGUCAGUACUCAUUCUCUGACACUUAUGGGCCCUGCUGUGUAUCCUCUGUACUUAGUAUACUGCUGUUCUUUUUAAUAAGUACUGUACUUAGACCGAUACCUCUGAACAAGCACCUAUAGCAGCUUCCUCUUUCAACACAUGACCCAGACAGACUUGAGAACAAAACCUACAGCAACACACUAUUGGAGGUUUUCACAGGAUAUUAUCAUGUAAAAUGAUACAAUUAUAAUCCUGUACACCCUUGGUCACAGAUAUGUGGUUUGAGCUUAAAAAAAGAAAAGGAAAAAAAAAAAAAAAAAAAAAAAAAAAUCGAAUGAAUUUCCUAUUUAAAAGCCCUUGUUCACGUGAAAGACUGUGCAUGUGUCUUGCACUGUAAGAUUUUCAAUAGGACAUGUGAUUUUACACCUUAGCAAUUUUCAUAAAUGUAAUUUCUCCUUAAGGUGCGAAACUAUAGAUCAUUGUGUUUCAGGUUUGUGUUUUAUUGAAGCCACUUGAUUUCAUAUUUGACAGAAGUAAAAUUUUUAACCAUGGUGCUACCUGUAGAGGUCACUGUAGAAAUGCAGAGCAUAGCAAAAGCUAUGUCAUUUUCAAAAUCUUUAUAUGAGCCAUUGUCUUGGUUUUAAGUGUAUAGGAAACGUCUAUGGUGCUGACUGCUUUUUCAAAUUUUCCUCACUUAGUCAUGUUGAAAGAUGCUUAUGAUCAUGAUUUCAGAAGCACUCAGAUGUUUUGGCAGUUUUCUCUCUCUCUUUAUUUUUUUUUCUAACCCUAAUCCCAAACAACUGAAAAUGGUACUUGAAGCAGAUAUUUAGAAUCAAUGAUAUUAUAUACAGGUAGAAAAAUUAAGCUUGUAUGCUAUGGAGAUGAAUAGACUGUUAACCUUUUUUUCCAUUCUCUUGAUUAUUCCCAGGCAUUCCUUCCUUACUGUCUCACACAAACACACUCAAGCUCAAAUGCUUUUUGUCCCCAUCUCUCAGCACUCAGCAUCAAAAUCAUGAUCAUGCCCAGUUUUACUUAUUAAAUAAUGACAAAAAACAAAAAAACAACAAAAAAAAAAACAAAUAACUGGCAGCUACAUUCCUAUUAGUUAAAGAUUGUUAUUGGUUCUAUUGUUUCAUGUCAAGUAUGCAGUAUGUUUUAAAAAAGUUUCUCUUUUGUUUGGUCUCUCCUUGUAGCUGUUUGGUGUAUUAUGUGAAUACAUAGUGUAUGUGGUAAAACCCACGAUACUGUUUUAUGUUCUUUAAAAGUUAAAAAAAAAAAAAUGAAAUAAAUAAAAAUACCUUUGCCUUCUCGUAUUGA